UCAAAAGAUUCCCCUCCCCUGCCAUCAUCACCAGAAUUUAGGGCCUCCUCCUUCCUCCGUUUCCCUCCGCAACCUUUUCCCACUAGCCCACACCCACAUCCAACAAAAUCUCACUCCUCUCCACCACCACCUGACACCUCUCCACCCUCUCCUUUACCCUCCUCUCUCUGUCUCUCUCUCUCUCUCACACAGUCACAGUCUCACACGCCCCGCCGCUUUGACUUUGACUACCAUUCUUCUCCCUCUCCUCACUUCCCCUACUCCACACUAAACCCUGCUCUAAACCUUGGCAAAGGUAGGGUAGCCUCCGAUGGGGAACUGCGCCGCCUCCCGCCUGGUCGGAGGUGGCGGCGACGGAGGGGACCCCGUGGCGGUGUGCCGCGACCGGAAGCGCCUCAUCAAGGCGGCGGCCGAGCGACGGUUCGCGCUGGCCGGCGCGCACGCGGACUACGUGGCGGCGCUCCGCUCCGUCGCCAACGCGCUCGACGUCUUCGUCGCGCGCCACACCGCGCCGGCGCCAAUCCUUAUAACGCUCCCCACCCUCGGCAGCUCGCCGCCGGGUUCCCCCAAGCCAGUGCAGGCGCAGGGGCUUCCCUCUCCUGCGACGCCGCCGCCGCCGCCGCCGCAGGAGGAGGAACCGGCGUCCGAUGCGGCCGCGGAAGAUGGGGACAGCGGCGCGCAGACGCCGGAGAUGGGCUGCCCGUACUACUACGCGCCCCCGGUGCCGCCGCCUUCUUCUGCGGCGUCGGUGGUCGGCGGGUGGGACUUCUUUAACCCGUUCUACGGAACGGAGGAGGUGGCCGCGGCCAUCAGCGAUGAGGAGAUGCGCGCCGUGAGGGAACGGGAGGGCAUCCCGGAGCUGGAGGAGGCGGAGGAGGAAGAGGAAGAGAAGGCGAAGGAGGUCGAGGCCAAGGCACCAAGGGCGGAGGCUUCGCUUGGAGUAGCCAAGCAAGAAGAGGCUAAAGAUGUGUGCGAGAUGGCGGGGAAUAAUGGCGGCCUAGAGGUAGCCGUGGCGCAGCCGGGACGCGAGCUGCUCGCGGCGCUGAAGGAGGUGGAGGAGCUCUUCGCGCGCGCCGCCGAGGCCGGCAAGGAGGUGACCGGCAUGCUCGAGGCUGCCACGCGCGUCCCCGAGCUGAAAGAAAAUUCAUCAAAAAUAAUUCAUGCCAUCACAUGGCAUCGGUCUCCAUCAUCCGUAUCCUCAUCUUACAGGAGCGAGCUGGGAGCUAGCUCGAAUAGUUUGUCAUGGACGGACAAGAGCGAAACUAAGAGCGAGAUUUUCGAUGACUAUGGUGGAAUGAAGUCAGGAAGUCACUCACAGACUUUAGGGAGACUGCAUGCUUGGGAGAAGAAACUUUAUGAAGAAGUUAAGGCUAUAGAUCAAAUCCGACAAACCUAUGAGAAGAAAUGUGUUCAGUUGAGGAACCAAGAUGCCAAAGGUUCAGAGCUGCGUUGUGCUGAUAAAACUAGGACAACUGUUAGAGACUUGUACACAAGAAUCUGGGUUUCUCUACGAGCAGCGGAAUCAAUAUCUGAUAGAAUACAAAAGUUACGUGAUGAGGAACUACAACCACAACUUAUUGAGCUGUUGCAGGGCUUUUCAAAAUCUUGGAAAAUAAUGGUUGACUCACAUGAAACCCAGAGACAGAUAAUGUUUGAGGUGAAUUCAUUCACUUGUCCUGCUUAUGGUAAAUUCUGUAAUGAUGCCCAGCGUCAUGCAACUCUCAAGUUGGAGGUUGAACUGAGGAAUUGGAGAUCCUGCUUUCUAAGCUAUGUCAGUGCUCAGAAAGCGUAUAUCGAAGCUCUUGAUGGCUGGUUGUCAAAGUUUAUCCUGACUGAUACUAUCCGGUACUCCCGAGGGAUCUCAUCAAUCGCGCCUGAUAGGGCUGGUGCACCAACUCUAGUUGUGAUUUGCCAUGACUGGUACACUACCCUAUCGAAGUUUCCAAACAAGCGGGUGUCUUUCACCAUGAGAAAUUUUAUCAGAAGUGUGAGAGUGCUAUGGCUGAAGCAAGGAGAAGAGCAACAGCAGAAAAGAAAGGUGGACAGCCUAGCAAAAGAAAUGGACAAAAAGCUAACUGCUUACAAGAGAGCAGAGAACAAGGUGAUUGAGACCAAGCUUCCGGAGCAUAAACCCGAGCUAGAUUUCAAGCAGCGCAUGGAGCACUUGUCAGAGAAGAAAGAGUUGCUCAACACCCUGAGGAAGAGGGUUGAGGCAGAGAAGGCGAAGCAUCACACUUGCAUGCGGGAUAAGCACGACGUCACGCUCAACGGGUUCAAGAUCGGCCUUGCCAGUAUAUUCGAAUCACUGACCGAGUUCUCAAAGGAUUCAGUCAAACUUUAUGAAGACCUCUUAACAUAUGCCGACGCCAAAGAUUCAACGAAGGCUACUGAAAAGCGGCCAUGCGUUGAGGGGCCAUAUUCGCACAUAGUGGUGGAUGCUACAUGAAUGACAGUGUGCUCCAUUUAGGACCUAUCUAGUUGCAUUGCCCCAGUUUUUGGGCCCCUAGAAUCUUUAUCUGAUUUUAGCUUGUAGAGUACCUACCAUGUUGGUUGUCGGUGGUAGGGUCAUUCUUGUGGGCAACUAGUUGCUUGUAAUUAUUCUCUUAGUUUGAAUAUCAGAGAGGAUUCGCUCCA